CAAAAACAAUCCUGACCAACCACAUCAUCUUCUCAAACCCUCUUCGUUUUCCGAGAAGCAAAGCCCGGAAAACCACUUCCCCCAUUUCUCAAGAUGCCAUCAAUCGAGAAAUUGGUCAAUUCUUGUGUGUUUUUCCUUCGAUUUAGCUGAUAAUCUGGGCCUUUUGUUCGAUCAUUUUGAUCCCAGAAGCAGUCAUACUUUUGGAAAAGCUCAAAACUUGAAAUUUGAGUUUACAAGAUUGUCAAGACAUUUGGGUGGGUUGUUUUUCAUGGAUGCUUAGUGCUUGUAGAGAUAGUUCAUUGCUUUGGUGCUUUGGUGUUUUCAUCUGGUAUUGUUUUAGUGUUCUCCGAUGGAGGAGAAUACGAAAUGUGCUCCAUCUUUAUCGAAGGAGAUGGAGGUAGUGGAUGUAAAACCAUUGAGAACCUUGACUCCGAUGUUUCCUUCUUCACUGGGUUUGGAUUCAUUCUCCCCUCCAGCCUCCUGGCCCUUUGUUUUCAUUACUCCACAUGGCUCAUUUACUCCUGGAAAUGAAGUCAAGUUUCCCUCAAACUUUUGCUCCCUCUACCCUACUACAUUUUGUCCUAAAGGUGUGAGUGAGACAUCAACAAAGUCAUCCCUGGUUGAAAAGAGCAGUGGAACUGUCCAUGAUGGAGUAUGCAAGAAUGCAAAUGGCCAUUUGCAUGAUACAGCUGUUGCUCAUUGUCCUCCUCAAACAAUGCCUUUGAUCACUGUUCUCUCUGAUAAUGAGGAGGAUAUGUUAGUCCAUAGUGUCCCUCCAACCACUGACAUGAAAAUUGAGCGGCCAGCUCCAAUGCGAAGCUGUAAUGAUGUCCCACCGACCAUUGACAUGAACAUUGAGCAGCCAGUCCCUUUGAGAAGUUGCACUGGUGUCCUAUCAACCUCUGACUUGAAAAUUGAGGAGCCAGUCCCUCUGAGAAGCUGCCCGAUGGGUGGUGGUGAGAUAGAGGGUAGUGAUGUGAAGAAACCUAAGCGCAAGCGGCUUAAGAAGGCUCAUGACCCUGAACUAAUGAUGUUACCUUCCUCAUCUUAUGAUGCCAGGGAGUCUGUGGAGGCAAUCCUUAUGACUUUUGAUGCACUUCGGAGGAGAAUCUUGCAAUUGGAAGAAGUUAAGGAUGUAACCAGGAGGUCAUUUACAAAAGCUGGGAGUGUCAUGAUGGACCAUGAUCUUCGAGCUAAUAAAGUCAAACGGAUAGGCCAUGUACCGGGUAUUGAAGUUGGAGAUCUUUUCUUCUUUAGGAUUGAAAUGCUGUUAGUUGGAUUGCAGGCUCAAAGUGUUAGUGGAAUUGACUAUAUGACUGUGAGGUUUGGGGACGAAGAAGAUCCUGUGGCUGUUGCUGUUGUAUCAGCUGGCGGCUAUGAAAAUGAUGAUGAAGAUGUGGAUGUUCUGAUCUAUAGUGGACAAGGAGGCUCUGGUAAGAAUGACAAGAAACAAACCGAUGACCAGAAGCUUGAACGGGGCAACCUUGCCCUUGAGAAAAGUUUGCACCGUGGGAUUGACAUUAGGGUGAUCCGGACUGCAAAAGACACCGGCAACCCUGGUAACAAGAUAUAUGUCUAUGACGGCCUCUAUAAGAUUGACAAGUCUUGGGUGGAGAAAGCAAAGUCAGGCUUCAACGUCUUCAAGUACAGGUUGGUCAGAGUACCAGGGCAACCUGACGGAAUUGCUACGUGGAAAAAGAUUGAGAAGUGGAGAAAGGAUCCCUUAUCAAGGGGCAAAGUUAUCCUGCCUGACAUGUCUUCUGGCGAUGAAAAUCUACCUGUCUGCCUUUUUAAUGAUGUUGAUGAUGAGAAGGGACCUAACCAUUUUGUGUAUACCACUAAACUUCAUUAUUCCAGUCCUAUCGCAAAACCUUUGCCUGGUUGUAUGUGCCAUAGUGCAUGUCUCCCAAGUGAUGCCAACUGCUCUUGCUUGCAACAGAAUGGUGGUGACCUUCCUUACACCUCAAAUGGUCUUCUUGUCAGUCAUAAGCCUCUUGUUUAUGAAUGUGGUCCUUCUUGCCAAUGCACUCUUAGUUGUCGGAACAGAUUGACUCAGAAGGGUGUUACACUCCGCUUUGAAGUUUUUCGGACGAAGGAUCGGGGAUGGGGCCUUCGCUCAUGGGAUCCUAUUCGAGCAGGUGCUUUUAUCUGUGAAUACACAGGAGAAGUUACUGAUAACUUCAGAGAGGAUGAAGAUGGUGAAAAUGAAUACAUCUUUCAACCAAGAAGUACUGAUGAUAAUGCAUCCAGCUGGAAUUAUAUACCUGAAUUACUGGGAGAGCCUAGUCAUCCCGAACCUAGUGACGCUAUUAAGCCAUUACAAAUCAUCAUUAGUGCGAAGAAUAUGGGCAAUGUAUCCCGUUUUAUGAACCAUAGUUGCUCCCCGAAUGUCUUUUGGCAGGCAGUUCAGCAUGAUCAUGGUGAUGAAGGAUAUCCCCAUAUCAUGUUCUUUGCGAUUAGGCACAUUCCUCCCAUGACAGAGCUGACGUAUGACUAUGGUCCAUGUGGAUAUGAAAAUAGUAAGGAGGAGGUGCCAUCUAGUGAUGGGUCUGGAAGGACGAAGAAGUGCUUAUGCGGAUCGCCAAAAUGCCGAGGUGUUUUUUGCUAGACCAAUGGCAAAAUACAGCAGAUUUUCUGACUGAGCUGUCAACAGCUCUAACAAGUGAAAGUAAAUCAGCUGAUACUGAGAUCUCGCUGACAUCAAGUGGUUGUGCCACUUCUUCUUUGAUUUAUUCACUAGUCUAUGGGAAACAUAUUGGAGAAAUAUGUUGACAUAUUAUGACAUCAAUUAUCAUGGAGAGUCAGCAACUGAUGGAUAUGCAGAUCAAGGUAAGGUUUCUGGUAUAGCUUUUGGGAUUUGCCACCCUAAUUAUGUUUGGCCAGAUAUAUAGGAAUUGUCAUGAUUCUUGUGCGUUAGCAUAAAGCUAUCCAAUUUUGGGAUUAUCAUCAAUCUGUACAUUUAUGAUUUUAUACUAAAUGUUGCAUUCAAGUGAAUCUUUGGCGCUAUUAUAUUUAGUUCUGGUGCAUAUGGGAACAAAAUGUGACCUCUUUUGGGAAGUUUGUAAGGUGAUUUAAAGAUGUUUAAUGAAGGAGAUGCUGCAGUCAUUUGCCCCCACUUUUGAUUCUAUAAAACGGAAGUUAUUCAUUUAUUGGCAUUAACAUAUAUUACAUAUCAAAUUGACCUAUCUCGAGGUAUACUCAAACAAAACUAGUUUGAGCUUGAACGCGGGGUUCACACGUCACACUGAGUUGUAGCUUUUAACAAGGCAAUCUCAAGUUGAGACUGAGCCAAACUGAUAUUUGUUUAAUCAAAUACUCAAAUGUGUAUAUGCAACAGUAAAGUGCAGAAAUGCUGAAUGAUUGAAAUAUCAGCAGUUUGCAAAAACAGUUGCAAGUUAAAUGAGUAAGAGCAGCUGUCUGAAAAGAAAAAGUGAGUAAACCUAUUUCAUAACCAGUUGUCUUAGAGAAAUAGGAGGGAUUGGUAGAGAUAUUUGCAAGUGUUGGAUGAUGUUUGGAAUGAUUAUUCCAUCAUUCUGCUGGUCUGUGGAUAAAUUUGUGAACUACAUCUGCC